AUGAUUGUUUGUGGGGUAGCUGAUCAAUCCCUCCGUGAAAGACUCUUACGUGAUGCGGAUUUAACACUUGCCAAGGCCAUUGAUGCCGGUAUUGCUGCAGAGGAAACCAAGCGUCACGCAAAAGAACUCGAAAAACAUCAACAAUCGUCAGAUAUUCACCAAGUUUAUCAUUCAAAAGAAAGAAAACUCAAAGAAUCUAGCAGAGCCCCUGAUGACGUUAUCAAGAAAUGUAAGUUUUGUAAUGGCUCCCACCAACGUGGCAACUGUCCUGCCUACGGGAAACGGUGUAGAACAUGCAACCGUAAGAAUUAUUUCGCUGUUUGCUGUUCCCAAAAAUCUGUCAAAUGUGUUGCUGAGCAGGAUAAGUCCUCUGAUGAUGAAUUUUUCAUCGGUAUGGUUAAAGUCACUAAUACCAAUCAGAAUCUCUCAACUGAAGGUGAUGGUGAAAACACCCUAACUCCCAAAUCCAUGCCAACCAAUGCUAGUCCCAAUGUUUUCACAGUUAACAAUACCAAAUCAGAUUGGUCUGUCACACUGGGCAUGAAUGGAACUGAUGUCAAUUUCAAGAUAGAUACUGGAGCCCAGUGCAAUGUAAUUCCAAAGCGCCUACUUUCCAACCUCUCACCUAGACCUAAGCUCAAAACAGCAAACGUCCAGCUCUCUGCAUAUAAUGGCACAACUACCCCUGUUGCUGGUAAGUGCAUUGCUCAAGUCAAACACAGGGCACAAACAAUUCCCAUUCUCUUCAUGUUUGUAGAUUCAGACUCUGUCCCCAUACUAGGAUUAAAUACAUGUGACAAACUGAACUUGAUCAAACAAGUGUAUCAAAUUUCAGAGGAAGUGCAAUCUCAUACUCCUAUUCAGGAGGAAUUCUCUGACUGUUUUGGAGAAAUUGGAUGUUUGAAGAGAACACAUCACAUCGAACUAAGAGAUGAUGUGAAACCUGUAAUCAUUCCUGUCAGACAAGUACCCUUUGCUCUAAAGCCAAAGCUCAAAGAGGAAUUGCAACGUAUGGUUGAGCUCAAUGUUAUUGAACCAGUCGAAAACCCAACCGAAUGGGUCAACGCCUUAGUCAUUGUCUCCAAACCAAAUGGCAAGCUGCGGAUAUGCUUAGAUCCUCGACCCCUAAAUAAAGCCAUAAAGAGGCAACACCACCGUCUACCCACAACCGAAGAAAUAAUCUCUGAAAUGUCAGGUGCUCGGUACUUUUCCAAGCUUGAUGCUGCCUCCGGAUAUUGGCAAAUAAAAGUAGAUGAAGAUAGCGCAGACUUACUAACCUUCGGAACUCCAUUCGGGCGUUUUCGCUUCAAACGCCUCCCAUUCGGGAUACACUCUGCCAGUGAAGUCUUUCAAGCAGAAGUUGCCUCAAUCAUAGCUGAUCUACAAGGUUGUGCCAACUCCCAAGAUGACAUCAUUAUGUGGGGAACAACUAAACAAGAGCACGACCUUCGCCUCAGAGAUGUACUGACACGUAUCCGAGUCAGUGGAUUGAAGCUCAACCGAAGCAAAUGUGUCUUUGCCGUAGAAUCCCUCACAUUUCUGGGACACACCCUUUCUGCUAAUGGUGUUAAGCCUGAUCUCUCUAAAGUUGAAGCAAUCGUCAACAUGCCAAUUCUAGAAUCGAAAGGUGAUCUUCAACGAUUCUUGGGUAUGGUGAAUUAUCUGGGUAAAUUUGUCCCCAACCUCUCACAAACCACCACUCCGCUUCGUGAAAUGCUCAAGAAAGAUGUUCAUUUUGACCUCCAGCAACCACAACUGGAUGCCAUCCAAGAGCUGAAACGUUUGGUCACUUCACCUCCAUGCCUCAAGUUUUAUGAUCCAAACCUGCCUACUCGAUUGAAACCUGACGCAAGUGUUGAUGGUCUUGGUGCCCUCCUUGAACAAAACCAUGGUUCAGACGAUUCUCCCCAAUGGUUCCCCAUUGCCUAUGCAUCUAGAGCAUUGUUACCAUAG